ACACCGGGUAAAAAAAAAAAAAAUGUAUGAUUUUUUGUAAACAUGCAAAAUGAUGAUGAUGAUGAUGUAUCAUUAAAUCACUUGUUAGCUGAUUAUUUUGCGUAGUUGCCAAUGAAUAUUGACGCAAAUAUAUUAAAAUUAAUCAGCAUUUUAUCAGCAAUAUCAAAGUGUUGUGUGACGUUCAAGCUUGAGAAAAAAUAUUUUGUAUUACCUAGAUGUUGAUACUUGAUAAAAAUGAACGCAAAAGUUGAGUUUGCAGUCCAAAUGACAUGUCAAAGUUGUGUUGAUUCAAUUGAAAAAUCAUUAUCAAGUUUAAAUGGUGUUGAUAAAAUUGAUGUGUCAUUAGAACGUGGUACUGUUGUUGUUCAAUCUAGUCUUCCUUAUACAUUGAUACAAGAAAAAAUUGAAGAUUCAGGUCGUCGAGCAGUCUUCAAAGGUUAUGGAGAAAAUAGUAUAAGUGCAGUGUCAAUGAUUAAUGGUGAUACACGUUUGUUAAAAAAUAAUAAUAUCCAGGGUGUUGUUCGUUUUGUACAAGCAAAUGAAAAUUGUAUUAUUGAUGGUACCAUUGAUGGUUUGACACCUGGUAAACAUGGUUUACAUGUACACGAGUGUGGUGAUAUAUCCAAGGGUUGUGAAUCUGUUGGUGAUCAUUUUAACCCAUACAACAGUCCACAUGGUGCUCCUGAAAAUGAUGCAAAUCAUCGGCAUGUUGGUGACCUUGGAAAUGUUGAGGCUGAUAAUUCUGGACGUGCUAGAUUUAGAUUACAAGAUAAAUUGAUAAAAGUUGGUGAUAUUAUUGGUAGGUCAUUGGUGAUAACACAAAAUCAAGAUGAUUUAGGAAAUGAAGCUAAUGAAUUGUCUAAAAUUCAUGGAAAUAGUGGUGAUAGAAUUGCAUGUGGAAUUAUUGCAAGAUCAUCUGGUAUAUUUGAAAAUACAAAAAAAAUAUGUGCUUGUAGUGGAAAAACACUUUGGGAUGAACGAGAUGAAACAAAAAAAAAAGGUGGUAUUCAAGUGUAAAAAAAAAAUAUAUAUAAAUGGAGAUUUUAAAAACGAACCAGUGUAAAUGGAUAUAAUUAUCAUUCCAAAAAAUACGUGUGAUAAUUAAUGACAAUUAUUUAUUAUAUAAAAUAAAUGUAAAAAAAACAAAACAA